AUAAUCGGAUCAUAUGAUAAGGUUUGACCUUUGACCUCACACUUCACAAGGAUAUGUGGUGGCCAACUACUCUAGAGGAGGGUAGUUGGUUUUUCCCUCUCUUGUUCUUGCUGUUUGGCUUUAGCACGUUUGAUUUCCUAGCUGAAUGAAGCACGGGAAAAUGUGAAAACUCGAAAAUGCGAGAUUUACAAGUUCACCUUCUUCGGAGUUCAGAAUCAGACGCCUGAAUGAUGUCAGGUUUAAACCAGUGGAUGUUCUGCUACCAGAAACUAAUGUGCCACCAAUUGAAAUGGAAUAGGAACAUCAUUUUUAGGCUUAUUGAAUCAUCCUAUUAAACCCAGAACGAGGGUUUGUAAUAUGUGAGCCACGCAGAUUUGAGAGAGAGAGAGAGAGAGAUGGAGGGAGAAGGGGAGCGUGCGUGAAGAGAGGGAGGGGGGAUGUGAGCAUUGUUUUUCAUGUCACGUCAAACUGUUUUGAUGGAGAAAAUCAUGCAUUUGUUGUUAAAUGGGGAGCCCUGUUUGCAUGCAUUUCAUGCCCCCUUAAUUGUUAAAUGCUCGUCUGGAAACGUACCCUGGGAAGCUGUAUAAUUGCAUCACCAUUUCAUUCAUUAAAGAUUUUAAAUCCCACCAUUUCCUCUCUCUAAUCUCUGGACUCGCAUAGCACACACAUACCUGUCUAUGCCCUGAUGGGAAGACCUCCCUGCUGUGAUAAAGCAAAUGUGAAAAGAGGCCCUUGGACGCCUGAGGAAGAUGCAAAGAUUCUUGCGUACGUAUCUCGCCAUGGCAUUGGCAACUGGACUUUGGUUCCUCAGAAAGCAGGGCUCAACAGAUGUGGGAAGAGUUGUAGGCUCAGAUGGACAAAUUAUCUGCGGCCUGACCUAAAGCAUGACAAUUUCACGCCUGAAGAAGAAGAAUGCAUUCUUGAACUCCACAGAACUAUAGGUAGCAGGUGGUCUUGGAUAGCAAAGCAGCUGCCUGGGAGAACUGACAACGAUGUGAAGAACUACUGGAACACCAAGCUGAAGAAAAAGCUCUUCAACAUGGGCAUAGAUCCAGUAACACAUAAGCCUUUCUCUCAGAUUUUUACUGAGUUUGGAAAACUGGGUAAUCUCCCGAGCACAAUAAACCAGAAUGCACUUCUUAACACUGAACCAAGAAUAAAACCAGAACCCCUUUUACUUCCGCAGAAAUUUCCCAAUGCCAACAACCUCCAAAUCAUUGAGCAAUAUGGUCGGACCCUUUCUGGCAAUUUUUUAGGUCAGGCAGCAUCACAGUUACAAAUCAACGGCCAAGAAACUUUAAUUCUGCCACAUUUACUCGGUGGAAUCUCCACUUCAGCUUCAUCUCCAUCAUCUUCGAGCAGCGUCAUGAAUUUUGGCUCCCAGUCUUUUCCUUGUGAACCACCUCAGCUUCAAAAAUCACCCUCUUCUCCUUCUAAUUGGAAUGAAACAAUCCUUGUUGACCCUUUUCCAUCCACAGGCAUAGAACAAAAUGAAGAAGAUUACAAAAUCCGAGGGAUUUCCUCACCGGAUGAUAUUUCUUCGGCAGUGGUGCAGGAAGAGACGCCCCUGCAUGCUGCUACCUGCAUAAUUGAAAACGAAGUAAAUGACAAGGCUGGCGUGUCCUGUUAUGGGCUAAAACCUGAACCAGAAGCAAUGCGCUACAUGGAAUCUUCUUCAUCUGCUGCUGAUUCAUUCUUGGAGUCCAUUCUGGCUAGUGACAGCCAGCUGCGGCUGGAAUUUCCUGAGCUUUUGGAUGGAUUCUGUGAUUACUGACUCUGAAAAUUUCCUAAAAUGAAGAAGUUACUAGAAUAAAUGUUGACUUGCAUCAGAUGACCAAGGAACUCUGAGAUUCCGUGGAAUUAGUCGAGCGAGAGGGCAAAUGUUUCAAAAGAUCGCGCAUUUCAUGCACACUCCAAUCGAUCUCUUUUUGUAGUCUUUUCUAAUCUCUUGGAAUUUCGUGCAUUCAUUCAUCGAAACAAAGGCUGCUACAAUUUUCCCACGUAAUUAAUUCC